CUGUUCCCUGAAUAACCCCAGUGCAGGUCUCGCUCUAGAUAUACAACUUGUCCAGAUGGGUUUCUUCAGCUCAGUUCAUUGGACAACGACGGUUGUUGUCAACAAGAAAAGGUGAAAUGUAAAACAACCAAAUGCUAUGAACGGGAGAAAUCGACUAUAUUUAUAUCAUCAACAAAACAAAGUAAUUCUUUGGAUUUAUUUUUAUUUUUUAGCUUUCAACUAUAUGUUUAGUUAUGGAGAGUAACGUUGUACGUUGAACCGCAGAUGAAUGUCUAUUUUGUUUACACAUCCAAAAGUGUUUUUGGAUCUGUUGUUAGCUAGUAGGCUAACUAGCUAGCCGGCGAUGUAUUUGUGAUUUGGCUGGCUAGCUAGCUGAAUUUUCUUUCUUCUCAAAGUUGUUUUAUGGAGAUAGUUAGCUUGUGUGUUACACAAAUAGUAGUUCGUUUGUCAUUGACGUGAUUGUAGGUUAGCUAACUAACCAGUGGCGUCUACAUUGUUGGCUAGCUAGCUAGUUAGCCUCGACGUUUACAGGAUGAGUAACGUUAGCAGUCAAAAACGCCAGCAUUUUAAAGGAGCCGAAGUGAGCUGCAGUGUCAAAUACUUCUUGUUUGGAUUUAACAUCAUAUUUUGGCUACUGGGAGCAGCCUUCCUGGGCAUAGGACUGUGGGCAUGGGCCGAGAAGGGGGUGCUGUCCAACAUGGCCUCCAUAACAGACCUGGGAGGCUUCGACCCCGUGUGGCUGUUCAUCGUAGUGGGAGGAGUCAUGUUCAUCCUGGGAUUCGCUGGUUGCAUCGGAGCGCUACGGGAAAACACUUUGCUGCUCAAAUUUUUCUCAGUGUUCCUGGGUCUGAUCUUCUUCUUAGAGCUGACAGCAGGCAUCCUGGCCUUUGUGUUCAAAGACUGGAUCAAAGACCAGCUCAACUUCUUCAUCAACAACAACGUCAAGGCUUACCGCGACGACAUCGACCUGCAGAACCUCAUAGACUUCACACAGGAAUAUUGGUCGUGCUGUGGAGCCCACGGUCCUAAUGACUGGAACCUGAAUAUCUACUUCAACUGCACUGAGUUUAACCCCAGUAGAGAGCGCUGUGGAGUCCCCUUCUCCUGCUGCGUCAAAGACCCUGCCGAAGACGUCCUUAACACACAGUGCGGCUACGACGUGAGACUUCAAGGGGAGUUGGACCAGCAGAAGUACAUCCACACCAAGGGUUGUGUGGGUCAGUUUGAGAGGUGGCUUCAGGACAACCUGAUCAUUGUAGCUGGGAUCUUUGUGGGCAUUGCACUUUUACAGAUAUUUGGGAUCUGCCUGGCUCAGAACCUGGUGAGUGACGUCAAGGCCGUGAAGGCCAACUGGUGACGCCAGGACCCUGAGGGGGAGGGAGUACUCUGACCUUUGACCCCCAACAUCCAGCUCACCUCCCACUGACCGCUAAGAGAUGAAAACACAAAGAGCUGUUUAGGCUGAGAGAUGAAAACACAAAGAGCUGUUUACCUCUGGACCUGCCAGGCUGAGAGAUGAAAACACAAAGAGCUGUUUACCUCUGGACCUGCCAGGCUGAGAGAUGAAAACACAAAGAGCUGUUUACCUCUGGACCUGCCAGGCUGAGAGAUGAAAACACAAAGAGCUGUUUACCUCUGGACCUGCCAGGCUGAGAGGUGAAAACACAAAGAGCUGUUUACCUCUGGACCUGCCAGGCUGAGAGGUGAAAACACAAAGAGCUGUUUACCUCUGGACCUGCCAGGCUGAGAGGUGAAAACACAAAGAGCUGUUUACCUCUGGACCUGCCAGGCUGAGAGGUGAAAACACAAAGAGCUGUUUACCUCUGGACCUGCCAGGCUGAGAGGUGAAAACACAAAGAGCUGUUUACCUCUGGACCUGCCAGGCUGAGAGGUGAAAACACAAAGAGCUGUUUACCUCUGGACCUGCCAGGCUGAGAGGUGAAAACACAAAGAGCUGUUUACCUCUGGACCUGCCAGGCUGAGAGGUGAAAACACAAAGAGCUGUUUACCUCUGGACCUGCCAGUCCGUCUAUUUCACCUGGUGUCACUUUCAACCCUACUUCCACUAGGAUUUCAAAACAGCCCUUCAGAAAGACCUUCCAGAGCUGCUUGUUGGAUACCUCCUAUCCCACUUGUACAGCCUUUCUGUCUUCUGUACAGUAUAGAGUGGGUUGCUGACUGACCUACCGGCUGGCUGACAGGAUGGCAUUUCUUUCCCGUUAUCCUAUGACCACUGAAAGACAUUAAGCUCUCUUCAUGUUAGGGUAAAAUUCAGAAAAUUCACAAGAUGGCAAGUCUGGCGUUAGCAAGGCCUUGCUACAGAUGCAUGUCUUUAACCAGCUGUUUGUUGAACAGCAUGUUUUAACAUAAAAAAAAAUGGUAUUUUCUUUUGUCUGUCGAUGUUUUGAGUUUAAUCAAACAGACAGACAUACGGAGAGGAUUUUUCUCUCCCGGCAUCCCUGAAGCACAUGGGGAUAGUAGGCUUUUACUUGAUCUAACCUUUAACCUUACACUAACGUUAAAUCUACGUUAUACUGAUGUCGAGGCGACGUUUGUACGUGUUUAUUCUGUCUCUCUUCUGGACUCCCACCACUACCUUUUGGAAGCUUGAAUUACCUGACACCCUAGUUGUUAUUCUGAUCUGUCUGGUCUGUCUGGAUUUGUACUUUUCUCCUCUCUUAGUGUUUUUUUCUCCUAGUGUUUGUUGGUGUGUUUGUUGUCUAUCUGUCUUAGUUGGACUGUUUUUUUUUUAACUAGUUUGUAUAGAAUAACAAAUACUUGUUUAAUAUCUUCUUGUAUAAAUAGUAACACGUUUUCUCAAUAUAACAUGAAGGCUGCUUCAUCAUUGUGUCUUGGAGGAUUGAUAUGAGUAAGUAGACUUCCUGGUACAUUUCCCAUGUUUCCCAGAAAUCCUGGUUGUAGGAUUCCGUAUUUCCUGUUUAUUCCUUCCUGAUUUCUAGGAACUCUUCCACAACCAGGAUUUCUGGAAAUCUGGGAAUUUGGGGAAAAAGUUCAACAAAAUGUUUUCAAAUCUAUUAGUAUGUUAUUUGUAACCAGGUCUAAAGCUUACAUGGUGAAAUUAAAUCCAUAUUAUUAUUCUGAUCUUUAUUAGAACUGAGAAAGUGGUGGUUAUGCCAUAUUCAUGUUUUUUAUUUUAUUUACUUGCGUUAUUUCCUUGUCAGUACAGAGUUUACACCAUAGCAUACCAGUACAUUUGAAGCACGUUAUCAGAUUUGUAGCAGUAUAUGGUUUGAAUUGAAUUGUAUUUAUUGGGAUUUGGGGAUUUUAAAUUAUGUCUGGCAUGAAUAUAUUCCCUGCAGCUUCUGUCUGGCCGCUCUCCAAAAUGUCAGCUCUUGUACACAGUUAUUGCUCCACUCGUUAAGGUCCCUUAGAUAUAUACCUUACCACUGUCUCGCUCUUCCUGUGGUGUGUACAAGGCCUAUGUGUAGGAGCUGUAGUGUUACUCCUCUUGGGGGAAUCCUUCCUGGUUGGGCUGCUGUUGUAGUAACAGGCUUGAUUCUUAGCUGUUUUUACCAUGUACUUCCCUGCUUGUCAGAGCUCUUUAAUGCUGUGGUUCAGCACCAUGGGCUUUACUACCCUGCGUGUCAGAGCUCUUUAAUGCUGUGGUUCAGCACCAUGGGCUUUACUACCCUGCGUGUCAGAGCUCUUUAAUGCUGUGGUUCAGCAGCAUGGGCUUUACUACCCUGCUUGUCAGAGCUCUUUAAUGCUGUGGUUCAGCAGCAUGGGCUUUACUACCCUGCGUGUCAGAGCUCUUUAAUGCUGUGGUUCAGCACCAUGGGCUUUACUACCCUGCGUGUCAGAGCACUUUAAUGCUGUGGUUCAGCAGCAUGGGCUUUACUACCCUGCGUGUCAGAGCUCUUUAAUGCUGUGGUUCAGCAGCAUGGGCUUUACUACCCUGCUUGUCAGAGCUCUUUAAUGCUGUGGUUCAGCACCAUGGGCUUUACUACCCUGCGUGUCAGAGCUCUUUAAUGCUGUGGUUCAGCAGCAUGGGCUUUACUACCCUGCUUGUCAGAGCUCUUUAAUGCUGUGGUUCAGCAGCAUGGGCUUUACUACCCUGCGUGUCAGAGCUCUUUAAUGCUGUGGUUCAGCAGCAUGGGCUUUACUACCCUGCGUGUCAGAGCUCUUUAAUGCUGUGGUUCAGCACCAUGGGCUUUACUACCCUGCGUGUCAGAGCUCUUUAAUGCUGUGGUUCAGCACCAUGGGCUUUACUACCCUGCGUGUCAGAGCUCUUUAAUGCUGUGGUUCAGCAGCAUGGGCUUUACUACCCUGCGUGUCAGAGCUCUUUAAUGCUGUGGUUCAGCACCAUGGGCUUUACUACCCUGCGUGUCAGAGCUCUUUAAUGCUGUGGUUCAGCAGCAUGGGCUUUACUACCCUGCGUGUCAGAGCUCUUUAAUGCUGUGGUUCAGCAGCAUGGGCUUUACUACCCUGCGUGUCAGAGCUCUUUAAUGCUGUGGUUCAGCAGCAUGGGCUUUACUACCCUGCGUGUCAGAGCUCUUUAAUGCUGUGGUUCAGCACCAUGGGCUUUACUACCCUGCGUGUCAGAGCUCUUUAAUGCUGUGGUUCAGCACCAUGGGCUUUACUACCCUGCGUGUCAGAGCUCUUUAAUGCUGUGGUUCAGCACCAUGGGCUUUACUACCCUGCGUGUCAGAGCUCUUUAAUGCUGUGGUUCAGCAGCAUGGGCUCUGGGUGUUUGCGUCGUUCGUCAAGUAGCCUUGAACGAUGGUUUGCUUGAAUAGGAGAGAAACCAGUUUGUGUGUCAGGCUAGGUUUUUAUGCAAAAAAAAAUAAAAGAUUAUUCUGACAUUAGAACAGGAUGUUUGUUUUAAAGGUCUAAUUCAGCAGUUUUUUUUUUAAAUCUCUUGUCAAAUAAGUUCAGGGUAUAAAUGAAAUACCUUACUGUGAUUUUGUUUUUCAUUAAAAUUGUUUAAAAAAAAUAUAUCUUUUAAAAUAUAUAUAAAAAAAAUGCUUCUUAGCAAAGAGCAAUUUCUCAAGCAAGAAUUUAGCUAGGACUGUCUGGGUCUGAGUGUGGAGGGGAAAACCGAAAACUAGCUGUUAUUGGCAGAGAGUUUCGGGAACUCUUUCUUGGUCACCAGGCAGGCCAAAACGCCAACCCACCAAAACAGACUCUUUUAUUACGCUGGGCCUUUCAUUUCAUUUGAAAUUCUGCUUUAGUAUUAAAAAAAAAAAGCUAUAGGUUGUUGAAUUUGUUUUGUUUUGUCCUUUUGAUCGUGAUGGCCUUACAACAUGAUCCCUUGUGAUGUUUCAUAUUUUCUCCUAGGUUUGUGUCCCAGAAUCACACUAUUCAAUAUUACAGUUUAUUACACUUCCUCCUUUAAUUGAAAUUCCGCUGCUCUAUCGAUCGCUCCACACAACAGUGUGAACUUGCACGAGUCGUUUGUAAUGAUGUCAAAAAUUCAGUGAUUUAUUAUUCGUGUAGGCCAACUCUGGUCCAACCCAUCGGUUUCUUGGUCCAAUCAGAAUGUGUUUGAAUGUGUUUGCAUUUAAUAAGUCAUCGAGGAGGAAAAUCCAGACUCUUGGUGGAGAAGAAACCUUAGUGGGCCUUGGCAUCUGUCUGGAGCCAUGUGGAGCCUCUAGUCAAAAGUUGUGUACUAUAUAGGGAAUAGGGUGCUAUUUCGGGCACACCCUUCCCUCCCUAAGAUAGAUGGUAUCAUUCCAGAGCAUCAUUCCAGAGCCUCCUGCAUAAUCAUGAAUGUAUACCUACGGAUGAAUCUCAAUUGUAUUUCCUUGAUUCCUUCCAUACGCUCUCCUUGCCUCCUCCUUCUCCAGUCAAAACACAUUGAAGGAGGAGUUCCAAAGGGAAGAUUGAGAUUCACCCUGUCUGUUACCAUCUGUUACUUAGACCUGUUCCAAUGCAUUUCACCCUAACGUGUCAUCACUACCCUUGAGCAGUGCAAUGAACACACAUCUGAUGUGAAAAUAAGAAAUGUGAAAAUAAUAAACCUAAGAUCUGUUAUGUUACAUCAUUACAAACUUUAGCAUUUAUUUUGUAUUUUUUACACGAAAUCAAAUAGUUCCAUUCCAUUUUCAGGUGCUUGGUUUUCUUCCUUUUCACUUCCUGUUCCUGUUUUACUUCCAGUGUACUUCCUUUGUUACUUCCUGUGUAUGUGCAUUGUCAUCUCAGGAAAAAAAAGGAAUCUGCAAAAUAUAUCUAUAUUUUUUACCUUGACACGUCGCUUCAUGAAUGAUUUGCUAGAUUUCAAAGCACGUCUGUACCUAGGCGGGGCUGUACUAUAGGUCUACCCGAGUUCCUGCUGUAAGCUACAAUCCUCUCGUUGAUAACACUGAUCUGUUAUAGAGAGACAACAUUGUCUCUGUGUUUUAGGUUCACAUCAUACAUGUGCAUUUAUCAAUGAUUUCUAAUACAUACUGGUGUCUGGUGUUUCGCAGAACAUGACUGAAGUGUUUCUCUGUUUUAUAAAAUGAAAAGUAUGUCUGUGGUUACUUACUGUUAUUAACUAACCUGUUUGGUGGGGGUUUAAAAAAAUAAAAAGUUUAUUUGUAUUUUAUCUCAAAGCCUUUUAAGAUAUUGUCUUUACGUUCCCCACAUGUACAUUUCCAGAGUCUACCUCAUUUUAAGAGAGGUGUCCUUUUUAAAAAAGCUAGUGGUUGGAUUUGUUCCUUGGCCCGUCAGAAAGACGCUGAGAGGUGUAGAGAAUCUCUACUGUUUGUUAAAACCUAUAAGAGAGUCACGACAGGAAGACAGUAGGUCCUUAAGUUACAACAUACAGGUGAUUUUAUAGGGUUAUUUCUACUUCCUGAGGACGUAGCAUAGUUUCUAUUCUGAUGACAAGCUACACUACAGUAUGGUGAUUUUAAGGUUCAUUUGGUCAAAAUGUUUUGACAAGUUUGUCCUGAUCUUGAAAUGGUGUUGUGUAAUAUCUACCACCGCAGUGACAGUACCAUGCCUGUCAUAGCCAUUCCCCUUUUAAUGAUGAUUCCAAAUUAUAUUUCUCUUAUUAUUAUUAUUAUUUUGAAGAUGUAACAUUCUUAUUGUAGCAUUUUUUUAUUUUAUUUAAUUUUUUUAUAGAAUUUUUGAAAAUUAUAUUUCUCUCAAUUUCUUGAAUUCCAUUUUGUUAUUAAUACAGCUGGAAUGUAAAUAAAUUAAAAUAAACAUUAUGUUAGUCCUUACAAACCUCUAAAAUUGAUUCAUUUUAUUUUAGCAAUGUUUUGAUUGUCAUUACGUUAAUGUCUUAAAGGAUAGUAUUGCUGAACAGAGAUGCUGAAAACGAGUUAGAUGCCUUUCGAUAGGGGGACACGGUCUGUUACACUGUACCAUUGUGUUACAAAUAUACUUAUUUUUCAGAUUAAAUAAAAAGGACUUAUGAAAAA